AUGUGGCGGCGCGUCCCCCCUCUGUUGGACGAGGAUUCAGCCGCCGCCGCCGCCACCGUCGCGGCAGCACAAACAGAGGCAGCUGCUCCGUCGUGGAUCGAGGCGCUUGCCGCCGAAGAGUGUGCCGCGCGGAGGUGCAUCACGGACAAAUUUUUUGCCGGCUUAUUUCUUGUGGUUGAGGUCUUUGCCGCCGCAGAAAAGCGGAUCAUGCAUAGCAUGCAUCGGCAUCAGGCAGGUGUGACGUCACUCUCUGAAAUUGGGAGAAUGGCCACCGUCAUUCAGGCUGCCUUCCGUGGGUACCGUGUGCGACACCGCAACGCCAUCGCUGCGGGGCAAGCAAAGGUGAAAGCUAUGUAA